AUGCCGACCAAACUGAUGAUGGCCUUUGUGGGCAUGGAUUUCCUCUUCGCUGGAUGUGGAGGACUGUUGCUGGGCUUCUCCCUCAUAUCUGAGCAAUCGAUGCGUGCCACUCCGACCGUAGACAACGUCACGCAGAACCUGCUGCUCGGCCAGUGUCCGUUGACAGCAUCGUCCCACGCAUCGCCUGUGAACACGCAGUCUCAAGAAACAUCAACUAACAGUUCUCCAGCUGGCGUGGUCAAUGCCAUCUUCGUUUUCGUCACAUUCCUGCUGUCUCUCCCUGCGCUCUUCCUUCCAACAAACCGAGGCUGGCUUCGUACUCAGGGCUGGCUAGUCGUCAUCUGUGCAACAUUCACACUCGGACUCGGUAUCGCCAUCUGGGUGGAAACCCUACAAACCCGCACCAACCUCAGUGUGCUUUGGGGACGUGAGUCGCCGCUUAUUCAGAGUCUCCUGCAGCAAAAGUUCGACUGCUGCGGCUACGUGAACUCGACUACACCUCCGUUCGUCCAGGACAGCACAUGCCAAAACACCCUGGUCGCCGCUCAGAAGGGAGGUUGCAUCGGCAAGUUCUCCUCAUUCGCCAACACGUACCUGGACCGCGUUUUCACUGCCGCCUUUGGCAUCGUCGGCGUGGACAUGAUCCUCGUACUCUGCGUUGCCAUGGUCCUCAAGUACCGCAUGGAGCAGGAGCGCUACAGACAUAUUGACGAGAAGAACGGACUUGGUGGACUAUAG